UAUCGGCCGAUAUAUAGCUUGGGUUCGCCCAUGCGCCCCACAUGCGUUCGUCCAUGCGCCCCUCCAAUCUACUGUAGACGCUAGCUCUCUGCUCUAUCGCGCGCAGUUGCACUGACCCUAUUCAUACACGCACCCUACAAGUAUAUAUAGACGUAUAUAGCUCGAGGUGUAGAUUCGGGUGUGUGCAUAACUGCAUAUGUCCAGUACAAGCUCGCACUUUAGAGAGGCGCGUCGAUCAACAGCUAGCUGAAGAGCCUGAUCAAUCAAGAUCUUUCGUUCCCGAUCCGCCAUGCCAGUCUCGCACCGCGGCUUGCAGCUUGACGCCCAGCCCUCCGCCGCCCUACUCGACGGCGGUCACGGUCAGGACGGGCAUGUCCCGACGAGGCGGGUGUGGGUGCCGGGUCCGGUGAUCGUCGGCGCGGGGCCGUCCGGGCUGGCCACGGCGGCCUGCCUCAAGGCUCGCGGGGUGCCGUCGCUGGUGCUGGAGCGGGACGCGUGCGUGGCGGGAUCAUGGCGGCACCGCACCUACGAGCGGAUGCGGCUUCACCUGCCGGUGCGCUUCUGCGAGCUCCCCCUCGCGCCUUUCCCGCCGGGCACGCCGCCGUAUCCCACGAGGGACCAGUUCAUCGCCUACCUCGACGCCUACGCGCGCGCCUUCGCCGUCGAGCCGCUCCUCGGCGCGCGCGUCCGGGCGGCCGCCUACGACGCCGCCAUCGGCUUCUGGAGGGUCACCGUCCAGGACGCGGUCACAAGGACGGCGACGGAGUUCAUGUCGCGCUGGCUCGUGGUUGCCACGGGCGAGAAUGCGGAGCCGGUGUGGCCUCACGGUGUGGAGGGUAUGGACGCCUACCGUGGCACGAUGAUGCACACCAGCACCUACAAGAGAGGGGACGAGUUCGCGGGAAAGAAGGUGCUCGUUGUCGGCUGUGGCAACUCCGGCAUGGAGGUCAGCCUCGACCUCUGCGACAAUGGCGCAAAGGCAUCCAUGGUCGUCAGGGACAAGCUUCAUGUGUUGCCUAGGGAUAUACUAGGCAUCUCAACAUUUGGCCUAUCAGUAUUCCUUCUCAAGUGGUUGCCCAUGAAAUGGGUUGAUGCCUUGUUCCUCUUCCUCUCGAGGUUGAUACUUGGAGAGACUGGAAAAUACGGACUCCAACGACCUAAGAUCGGCCCGCUCCAAAUCAAGAAAUCAACCGGGAAAACACCAGUCCUUGACAUUGGAGCUUUAAGAAAGAUCAGGGAUGGUGAAAUAAAGGUGGUCCCCGCAAUAAACCGGUUCACCGAGAGCGGUGUUGAAUUUGCCGACGGACGUAAGGAGGACUUCGAUGCUGUCAUCCUCGCCACCGGGUACAAAAGCAACGUGCCAUCAUGGCUCAAGGAGGAGGAUUUUUUCAGCCAGAGUGAUGGGUUCCCCAGGAUGGCAUUCCCGCACAGCUGGAGAGGCAAGAACAGCCUCUACGCCACGGGGUUCACAAGGAGGGGUCUCAUGGGUUCCUCCUACGACGCCUCCAGGAUCGCCGCUGACAUCGCCAACCAAUGGACCGAGGCCCUCGCCAGGAAUAUCACCGCUCACAAUAAUGCUUGAAACCUAGCCAAGGCAGAUACUCUUAUGCUAGUUUCGUAUGGCUCGACUGUUUCAUUUCAGAGUAAUGUUUGCGCGUGCGUUAGUCCGAAUGUGUGUAUAUAUGUACCUCUAGCCGUCUAAUGGGUCGAUAUAUAGUUGUACUCGUAGUACAGAUAUGUGUACGGAAUAAUCAGUGAGAUGCAAGGUGGUAGGUGGUGCAAUAAUGUAGUAGCAGUAUUGUGCAUUUGUGCUUUUUUAUUUAAUUUUUU